AUGGCUUCCAAUUCUGGUCCUCCCCAUCUUUGGCUUCAUCGUUAUUUGGACCCACUUCUGGUACCACAAAAACUGAAAGUGCUCAUACAAAGACGGCACUUCCAAUCCAAACAAUACUUUGGUUCUCCAGGCUCACCAUCAGAGAAUCCAUUUGCAUUUAUUGAUACCAGUUUACAGCCUACAGCGUCAAUGGAGUCACACCCUCCUCAAGGUAACCAAGGCAACCAACCGCCUCCUCCUAUGUUGCAAGGUAUUGGACAACCUCCCAUGCUUGUUCCACACACCUAUCAACCUCAACCAUCGUUUAAUAGCGAACUAACAGUUUGUCAUUUAUCUUUUCCAGAAACGUUCCCAUCUUCAUCAGAAACUGACCAACUUCUUGUUGCUCAAGAUCCUUCUUUUGAUGAUACAUCACAUCUAUUGGACUCCUCUCCUUAUCAUCCAUCACCCACAUCUGAUCCCUCUCCUCCUCUUCUAUCUUCUGAGCCACACCCACUUAGUCCAGCCCCAUAUCACUCAGAACCACAUCCACUUAAUCCAACCCCUUAUCACUCGGUUUCCCAGGCAUCUGACCCCUCCCCUUUUAUACCAAUGUCUAUUCCACACCCCGCCCAUGCGAUCACUCAAUUUAGAAAGUUUACACUUGGAGGAGCCAGUUAG